CCUACACACAGCCAAACGUCUCAAAUUCACAGGACACAUUCGCAUUGCCCCAGACAAGUAAAGACCGAUCAAAUCUCUAGUAGGCACUGGAUCAAGCGCGUGUUCCAUCAACCACAGCUCCGUGAAGGAUCAUUGCCUACAAACGACUAAGACUCAAUACCCUGUCGUCCUCGCCCUCGCCGGUGGAGUCGCCGCCGCGCAAUUGACCGAGGCCGUAGGUGUCAUGCUCGGCACAAACUGGCUCAAUUUCCACGAACCAACUACCUCCUCUGGCUCCAUCCGAUCACUCGCCCUUCGAUCUGUUCAUUGCUCCCUCAACUGCCUGGAUCAAGGCAUACCCGACACUAUUAAUGACAAUGGCAAUAUCUCGAACAGCGCGCGACGACAAACAAAUGCUGCCGGCGACAUUUGCACGGUCAGUGCAGCCGCCGCAUGUCUAGCCGAUGCACACCACCUAGACCAGAUCACCAGGACAGAACCAUACCACCAGGACCAGACCGAGCGCCCGCCACAACUGUUCGACAAAGAUGUAAGCCACGCUGCAUACCUUGCUGCCAUUACACGAGAUUAUUUCAUCAAGUACAUAGCGAGAAUGGAACGUGCACCCAUGAGCGACGCUGAUGUCAAAGCCCUGAAACCAGCUUUCGUUUGCAAAGAGCUCAAAGACUGCUUUCAUCCAAAGUUGGCUGACCAGCUACUUCUCCAUCAACCAGGCGUCGAUUAUGCCAUACCCGGAGUCGACAAUACUCCGCGUCCUCGCAUGUACGGACCCACGCGCACCGAAACAGGAGCCGAUAAAGCCUACACAGUUGAAAUCACAGGCAAUGGCUUCGUCCGACCAAGCAUUACGCAUCUGCGUCUAUUGCCGCCUAAGCCGCAGCCUACAUGAUCCAUGCCACCAUGCUAGGAAAGACUGAGUUCGACACUCCAAGCGCUACAUCUGAGCUCACAUGCUAGUUAGGCAACCGCGUUGAUACGUUCAGCAGGUUUCACGGCGGAUCAGAAUGGAGUUAGAUUGCUAUGUCAUUUUCAAAGGGACAUAUUGGUCGUUCCGCAGCUCACGGAAUGGUGAUCCGGAUUACUGAAAGUGUCUCGUACACAGGAGAUAGAUGAGUGACCGGCACUUGAUCACAGUUGGGAUAUAGCAAACAGGCGUCAAGAGAUUGACUUAUCCUCGCAGUUCAAGUGGUUGAACGUAACUCACCGUUGCGCAAGUAAGGUUUCCAGGCUCAGUAUGUCCAGCACGUAUCAGACGUGUGGUAAUACCCGGCAAAGGUAGGGUAAUGUUAUGUCCGAGGCA